AUGGCCGCCAAAUACGGCUUCCAAGGCAUAGAAGUCUUCUACGAAGACCUCGUCGACCUCGCCAAGUCCCUCCCAGGCGGUGACACACCCUCCAACCAAAUCACAGCCGCCCGCACAAUCCACGAUCUCUGCGCCGCCCGCUCCCUCACCAUCAUCUGCUUACAACCCUUCAUGCACUUUGGCGGUCUCAUCGAUCGUCAAGCACAAGCACAACAAUAUGAAGAACUCAAGCUGUGGUUUGAGCUAUGUCACGCGUUGGAAACAGAUCUUAUCUUGUUCCCUAGUAGCUUUUUACCAGAGGAGCAACUUACGGAUGAUAUGGAUGUUAUAGCCGCUGAUUUCACGGUGGCUGCUGAUAUGGGGCUGGAGCAACAGCCGCAGAUCAAGUUUGCGUUCGAGGCGUUAUGUUGGGGAACGCGAAUCAACAGGUGGGAGCAAAGUUGGGAUAUAAUCCAGCGCGUUGACCGUGAGAAUUUCGGUAUCUGCCUGGAUAGCUAUAACAUCCUCGGCCGCAUCUACGCCGACCCUGCAGCAGUAGGCGGAAAGACAAAGGACUGCGACACCGUUACAAAAGAAUCCAUCAAGCAUAUCCUCACAGACAUCGACGUCAGCAAAUUCACCUCUGAACGAGAGCCAUCCGUUUUACAACGCGGAGCAACCCUCGCGGAUGAGCUGGUCGAGAAACGCGAGGCUAUUCUACGGGGAGAGCUCGUAUAA